GGCCAAUUCGCCGCCAAUUCACACGCACACAGCGGAGCCGCUCUCCUUCCCUCUGGUCUGCCCUGAACCCUCUCCAUCAUGGCGGAGAAGAAGAGCAAGAGCGGCGACUCGGGGAGGCCGAACAAUAAGCGCAACCAGUCCAUGUCUAAAACCCUACCUAAGGACAAGAACAACAAUAAGAAGCUCAAGAACAAGAGGAAGAGGACCGGACCUCGCUUGCCGAACGCACUGAGGAAGGAGGUUGAGCGGCUGAACCCUCUCCGGCCAUCGGACAGCGAAGGAGAAGAGAUUGAUUCCGACGAGGCGGAGUUUGGUAACGGCCGCGAUGUGUACGAGUACGAGGAGGAGGCGCCUCCGGAAGAGUCCAGGAGGAACCGCAGGUUCGAUCCGGUGGACAAUUUGGAGUACGAGUUGCCUGAUGAGUUCGAGGAUGAGAUUGUUUCAUCCGACGAUGAGGAGGAUGUUGGCCGCAGUGAUGAUGCAAAUCUGUCCGAUGCUGAGGCUGAAGAUGAUGAAGGAAGGCACAUCAGAAUGUUGCAGGAGAUUACUGGAAUGCCAAGCGAGACAUUUCAGGGCAAGAAGAGGAAAAAGGGUGAUCUUGUUGUGUCAGAGGCAUAUCCGGAGUCUGAGUUCAAUCCUAGCCAUAAUGUGGGGGAUGGUGAUGGCCGCAUUACCAUUCAAGAUCUUCUUGACCCUCUUCAUGGAAAAGCUGGUUACAGCAAGCUUAGAAAGAGGACAUCUCAGAUGGAAAGAAAACCUAUGUCUAUUCAAGCUCCACUUCCCAAGCCAUAUAGAGAGAAGUUAGAGAGGAAGGUCGCAUACGAACAGUCAAAGAAAGACAUAACAAAGUGGGAACCUUUGGUAAAGAGGAACAGGGAGGCACCCACUAUAUAUUUUGAUCAGGACUUAGACUUGGGGUUUUCAACUGUGGGGGCAAUAGCUUCUGAAUUUGAACCAAGAACUGAGUUUGAGAAAAAAAUCGCUUCAUUAGUUCAUGACGACAAGGUUAAAGAAGCACACGAAAAAGAUGGUGCCAGGCUUCUUGAACUAAACAAGACAUCAAUUGAAGAUGAAAAGGAACGAAGGGAUCGUAUCGCCAAAAUGCGCAGCCUUCUUUUUCGCCAUGAGAUAAAGCAAAAGCAUAUAAAGAAGAUUAAAUCGAAAACUUAUCAUCGAUUAAUGAAGAAGGAUAGAGCAAAAGCUACCUCUGCACAAAUUGAAAUGGAUCCAGAAGCUGCUAAAGAGCAGGCAAUGAAGCAAGAGUUCAAACGGGCAGAGGAGCGUAUGACUUUAAAGCACAAAAACAGCUCAAAGUGGGCAAAGCGCAUUUUGCAGCGUGGUUUGACUACCCAAGAUGAGGGUACUCGUGCAGCAAUUUCAGAACAGCUUCACCAACAUGCCCUGUUAACCAGGAAAAUGAACUCCAUGAAGGACGGUAGCAGUAGUGAGGAGAGUAGUGAUGAGUAUGAUGAUGAAAAUUCUGUCGGCUCAGACCAAGAUAAAGAAAAUUUGUUGGCCAAAGCAAAGGAGAAGACACUCAAAGUAUUCGAGGAAGAUGAUGAAGUUCCCAACACUGGAGUCCUUUCUUUACCUUUUAUGGCACGUGGACUGAAGAAAAAAAGAGAUGCAGCCGUAGAAGAAGCUAGACUUGCUCUUCAAGAGUAUGAAUCAUCAUCAAAGCAGAUGGAGGAUUCGCAGGGAAUAGAAGAUACUAAAGAAAAUUCUAUGAAAGGUAGAAUGGUAUUCGGUGCAGUUCAGCUGCAGGCCCCAGGAGCAAACAAUGUUAGUAAAUCAGAAAAAACUUAUGAUGAUAGUGAUGGCGAAGAUGACAUGGAAACCAGAGAAAACAUUGAUGGCGGGAGCCACUCCGGGAAUGACAUGCAGAAUCAAGUUCAAAAUGGUUCUACCGUCCUUCACCCUGACUCCGAGACACAUGAUUAUUCUGUCUUCAAGAGCUUUGAUGAUAUUGUAAAGAACCCUGGUGCCAAGACAACAUAUGAAGUUGCUAUAUUUGCAUCAGAUGGAUGGAGAAAGAUGAAAGGCAGCAAUAAAGAGACUGCUAUGAAAAAGAAGCAAGAUUUAUUGGAACCUGCUUCGCAGAAGAAAGAUUUGGAGGAAGCGAGUGGAGAUAGUGAUACUGAGAGUGAAGGACAGAUGGUAGAUGGAAUAUUAUCUUCUGGCCCUACACAAUCGUAUGAACUUCCUUCACAAGCGGACCUUAUUCGCCAUGCUUUUGCUGGGGAUGAUGUGGAAGAAGAUUUUGACAAACAUAAAAUGGAGAUUCUGAACGAGGAAAAUCCUGAACCCGAGAAACCCAUUGUACUUCCGGGUUGGGGCCAGUGGACCCAUAUCCAGCAAAAAAAAGGGUUGCCUUCUUGGAUGUUGAGAGAACAUGAAAAUGCCAAGAAGACGAGGCAAGAUGCCCUUAAGAAGAGAAAGGAUGCACAUCUCAAGAAUGUUAUUAUAUCUGAAAAAGUGGAUAAAAAGGCUGAGAAGCUACACACAAAAUCAUUGCCUUUUCCUUUCACCUCUAAGGACGUUUUUGAACAGAGUAUUCGCAUGCCCAUUGGCCCUGAAUUUAACCCAGCAACAGCAAUUGGAGCUCUUAAUCGCCCUGAGGUGGUGAAGAAAUCAGGGACAAUCAUAAAGCCCAUCAAGUUUGAGGAGGUGAAUCCUCAUGAAAAAGCAGAGUAUGGGAAUGAACAGAAGCAUUUGAGCAAGAAGAAGGAAGUUGGCAAGAGUAGUAAAAAGAACAGAGCCAAGGCUAAGAACUGAUGAGAAAUGCUGUUUAGUUUCUUCCUUUAUGAUUUAUUGAUCCGCCCAUAUGUGAUGUAUUUCCAGUUUUGAGAGCAGGAUAGGCUCAACGAAGCCUUUCCCGAGGGAAAGCUAAGUUCAGUUUUCCACAGAAGCGAUAGUGAAUUUUUUUUUUCCCAAUAGCCAUUGGGCAUCCUUGUUUGUUCUGUAUCUUACGAUAAUCUUACGUGGGCAAGACGGCGGGCAUCUUUUAAAUUCUG